AAUCAAAAUUUUCAUAACAAUGUCGAAAUCUGGAUAAAUUUUAGAAUUUAGAAUAUAAAAUUUAAAGCACAUGUACACCCAAAAAGCCAAAGGACAACGAGCAUAAAGCGCCCGCAUAGUCGGCCAAAUCAUUGCAUAAAGCAGUUUUGUUUGCUCUUGGUCCCCUCCUCCUUCGGGGCUGCUGCACUCUUUCCGCUGUGAUCUGUGAAUUUUGAAUGAAUUGAGAUGGGUCUGCUAAUGCAAGUGUUCCAAUGGGAGAGACGGUGGCAUCUACUCCAGAGAUGCGAUAUACUGCUGAAGCGCGGCAUCAAGAAGAAUGCGGCAUAUCCAACCAAGCUUGCGGAAGUGGGACGGCUGGUGGAGGCCAAGGACGAUAAAUACGAGACCGGACAGGUCUUUCUGCAUCGCAUCUUUGGCUACCGUGGCGUGAUACUCUUUCCAUGGACAGCCCGCGUCUACGACCGUGAUCUGCACAAUCCCAGCAAGAUCAAUGCAUCGACAACAGCGACAGCCACGGCGUCGGCCACUCCGCCCCAAGAACAACGAACCAAAGAUUCUUCGCUCAGAGCUAAGCCAACAUCUGCAACGUCGUCGCCAUCGCUUCAGCCAGUCGAUGUUGCCUGGACGGGGCCACAGACCGCUGGCAGCCGUACCGAAAGUACCACCAGCUUGGGUACCGCCAAGACAACGACCCACACUCAGGUGGACACCAAAGAGGUGCGGGGCAAAGUGCAAACCUUCUAUCAGGUGCUUAUCGACACAAGGGAUUGCCCGCACAUCCGUGCGCAAACGGAAGCUGUAACCUUUCUGGGGAAUCAGGACUCCAAUCGCAGCCUGUAUGCCAUACCCGGCUUGGACUAUGUGGCGCACGAGGACAUCAUGCCCUAUAGCUCCACCGAAAAGCAGCCCCUGCAGCAUGAAUUAUUCGACAAGUUCCUGGUGCCUGCCCCGGAAUCGGAUCCACCGUUUGCGGGACAGGAAACGCUGAAGGCCUGGCAGGAGAAGAACCAUCCCUGGCUGGACAUGAGCGAUGUGCACAAGGAGACGACGGAGAAUGUACGAAUCACCGUGAUUCCAUUCUAUAUGGGCUGCAGGGAGACGCCAGCCAGCUCCGUCUAUUGGUGGCGCUACUGCAUCCGUCUGGAGAACUUGGGCGAGCUGAGCGUGCAGUUGCGCGAACGUCAUUGGCGCAUAUUCUCCCUGUCGGGCACUCUGGAGACGGUGCGUGGCCGCGGCGUGGUGGGGCAGGAGCCCAUACUCAGCCCGCGUCUGCCUGCUUUCCAGUACAGCAGUCAUGUCAGCCUGCAGGCGCCCAGUGGGCAUAUGUGGGGCACCUUUCGGCUGGAGCGUGAGGACGGUUACUCCUUUGACUGCAAGAUUCCGCCAUUCUCGCUGGAAAGCAAGCCGGAUGACAUCAGUCCACCUGCCUCAAGUACGCCCACCGGCACGGGACAUCCGGAGGAGUACGACAAGAAGCGCGACGAUACCCACUAAUUAACGGGGCGUGGUAGCGCCCACAAAUGUUGUUGAGCCGUAGUUAAAUGAUUUUAAAGACACAAUCUUAUUUUGACGCCCAUUCAGAAAGUACAUGUGGAUAGUGCAAAUUACAUUAAUCAACAAAGAGGCAAUAAUGCAGAACAUCA